AUGAACUCCCUGAUGCUCGACGGCAAGAAGUCCACGGCCGAGCGCAUCGUCUAUGGCGCCCUCGACCGGAUUCGGGAGAAGACCGGUCAGGACCCGGUCAGGGUGUUCCACGAGGCGCUCGACAAUGUGAAGCCCGCCGUCGAGGUGCGCUCCCGCCGCGUCGGCGGCGCCACCUACCAGGUGCCGACCGAGGUCCGGCCGGACCGUCGCCAGACGCUCGGGAUCCGCUGGCUCAUCGGCGCGACGCGCGGCCGCUCCGAGACGACGAUGGUCGACCGCCUCAGCAACGAGCUCCUCGACGCCGCGGCCAGCCGCGGCGUUGCUGUCAAGAAGCGGGAAGACACCCACCGCAUGGCCGAGGCCAAUCGCGCUUUUUCGCACUACCGCUGGUAG